AUGUCGCUUAAAAUGAAAAUUUAUGUUUUCUUUUUUUUAGAUUUAAAGGUGAAAGCACUUUUAAUUUUUUGUAAUUACAAAAACCUAGAAAAAGUUUAUCACUUAAAUUAUGAUGUAAAAGAAUCUAUUUUUUUAGCCCUACAAUUUUUGGAAAAAACAUUUAACGUUCAACUAACGGAAAAAAAUACUAUGAUUUGUAAUACGUCAAAGCAACAAGGGUCUUUAGGAGUCACCAACGAAUCUAUUUUUGGUGCAAUUUACUGGCUAAAAAAGUACGGUGCUAAUACUAAAAUGUUACUUCUUUACUACAUGGGCUACUCCUCCUUAGACUCACGCGACCCAGAAACGGUUAUGGUUACUGACGAGGGUGAUCCUAUAGCAUUUUAUCAAUUGAAAAAUAUCUUCAAUUGUGACAUUCCUAAAACAUCCCAAUUAAUAUGUCUUUUUAAUUAUAUUGUAUGUCCUUUGAACGUAAAAAUUCAUGAGUUAUCAUCACGGAAAAUGGAAACCAUUUAUAAACAUGAUUGGAAUCAACCCAAUUGGAUUUUAACAAAAAUUCCAAACGCACUUUACUCCGAUCAGUCUAAUCAUGCUUUCAUAACUUUUGACAGCGUUAUUCAAAAUAAUCAACAGGAUUACCCUUACUAUCAUUUAAUAGCGUCUUUAACUUUAUGGAGUCAAUUUUUACCGGAUCUAUCAUUUUUUUGUCCUUCUUUUAUGCAACAAAUUGAUCAACUGUAUAAAAUACUUGGCAAUUCGCCUUUGACAUGCAGUGUAAGGACAAAUACCUUGCAGGGCUUAAAGAAAAAAUUUCCAGACUUACUUUUAAAUGGAUAUCAAUUAAAAGGUCAAGACUCUCAAAAACAAGUAUUUGAGCCUUCACAGCAUAUAACUUUAAUGCCGUCACCAUCGUAUUCAAAUUAUGUGGGAUAUGAACAAUGCAUACAACAUCAGCCGAUAAAAAAGGUUAGUGAAAUUGACGACACAAAUUUGCAUCGCAACUCAUUCACAUGCCACAAAAAUUAUUUAACAAAUGCUACUGAUCCUGUUUUUAAUGAAACACAUCACCACCACGUUAUUGUUAAAACUUCAGUGAACAAAAACUACUGGAAUCACCAAUUUAAUGCAUAUCCUCCCCCACACUCUUAUUGAGUUAAAGACAAUGGUUUUAAAGUUUUUUUUUUACCGAGUUCAUAAUAUAAACACCUUGAAUAAUUAUUUUGCGACCACGUUGACAUUGGUCGCAACAGAAGCAUACGCUUCACUCAAAGCUAAGGCGUUUGUGAUAUCUAAUAAUUGCCUAAAAAAAAAUGAAUCACAAACUAAUGUUAAUUCAACGAAUCAUUUUUAACGUACUUUGCAUGAAGAUUUAAUGCUUGACUUUGUUCAUAAAAAAAAUUUAUAGACUAGAAAAAAAAAGCAAGAAAAAAUUUAUUUUGUUAAAA